CGCAAAUUGACAGCUGUUGUUUUUUUCCGAGGGGUAUAUGUUAGUGGAGCAAAGCUGAUUUAUUAAAAAUCAUUAAAUUGAUCAAACUUUGGUAGAGUAAAUAUAGAAUAUCUUCCGAAUAUGAUUAAGCUGAAAUUAGAAGCACUGGAACAUCCAACUCCCAGCAAUGUAGAUAUCAAUGAUCGUAAAGUAUUUGCUAGUACUAUUCUGUGGUUAGAAGACCAAAAAAUACGCCAGUAUAGAAUAGAGGAUCGUGAGGAUCUCCGCAAGGUUGAUCAACUUGACAUAUGGGAGCAAGCGUAUGAAAACUAUAAGGCAGAUCUUGGCAUGCCACAAUUCUGCACUCCAAUAGAAGAAAUAACUUGGGUGCUUGGCUAUGCCAUUCGAUUGGAAUUUUUAGAUGCUCCCGAAAAUUACAAAGCUAUAAAUUCCAUAGAGGUGAGCAAGCAGCAAAAUAAGUCUCUCGCACCUAGCAUAAAAGCGGAAAAUUUCUUCGACAACCUGGAUUUUAAUCACAAAGAUUUCAUAGCUGGAGUACGCUCAUUAGCCAAUAAGCUUAAAAUUCCGCAUCACCCAAAUCAUCUUGUACAAUUGGAAGCAAUUGCCCGUGUUGUACAUGAAAGACUUUCAGCUUCUGCUAAGAAUCGUCAGCCGAUAACUGGAACUCCUUUUCCUUUUGAAAAGGGUAAUGAUGUGGUGACGGAUGAUCCCGCUUUGGAUUAUUCUGUCCGCAUUUUGCGAUUAUUACAAAUACAAAGUUUACGCCAGUUACAAACAAAAAUCAAUGAAACAAUUGUAGCUGUUCAAGAUUUAAUUGCUAAUCCUAAAACAGAUACAAAACUGGGAAAGGUAGGUCGAUAAACACUGUAAGAACAACUUUCGAGGAAUGACGUCAUUUUGCACAUAUAUACAUAUGUGUUUAUUUUUUAUUAUGCUUUGAAUAUUGAAAAUACACAGAUAAUGCAGUAAUUUACUUAAUAAGUA